AUGAUGUCCGCUCGUGUCGCCCGCUCUGGCCUGCGUGCCGCCCAGCAAUUCUCCGCGCCUCGCUCGACCUUCAUGGGUCUGCGCACCUAUGCCACCCCGGCCCAGGAAGUCCGCCCUCCCGUCGCUCUCUUCGGUGUUGAUGGUACCUACGCCACUGCUCUGUUCACUGCCUCUUCGAAAUCUGCUGCUAUCGACCAGACCGCUAAGGCUAUCGCUACCCUCGGCCAGACCCUGAAGGCCGACAAGAAGCUGGGAACCAUCCUCGGUGCCCCCACCCUGACCUACGCCGACAAGCAGCAGAUCGUCCAGGAGCUCCAGAAGGUUGCUGGCGCUGACAAGGCCGACAUCAUCAAGAACUUCCUCGAGACUCUUGCUGAGAACAACCGUCUCGGUGCCCUUGAGGGUGUUUGCGAGAAGUUCGCUACCCUGAUGGGUGCUUACCGUGGCGAGAUCGAUCUUAACGUCACCUCCGCUCAGGAGCUUGAUGCCAAGACCCUCUCCCGCCUCGAGAAGGCCGUUUCCAAGUCCGAGUACAGCCAGGGCAAGAAGCUCAAGGUUAUCGCCACUGUUAACCCCGACCUUGUUGGUGGCCUCGUUGUCGAGAUCGGUGACCGCACCAUUGACCUCAGCGUUUCCUCCAAGAUCGCUAAGAUGAACAAGGCUCUGACUGAUGCUUUGUAA